AGACAGCUAACAACAAUGAUUUACAGAACAUAAUGCAACGUCUUGACGAAUGCUGCCCUGAAUACAAAUUGAAGCUGAAUUUGAAGAAAACUAAAUACAUGAUUAUGACUGCAGAUAUCAGCAGAUAUAAAUCCAAUUGAUUAUUGAAAAUACUGUACUUUAGAAUGCGAAUACCUACAAUACUUGGUAACAUGGAUAACGUAAAAUGUAGAGCAAACUAACCUCAAAAUCAUUAAUACAACGUUACAAAAUUGUCUUCAUUUACUAAAAAUUACACAAAUUUCGACAUAACUUGGAUAUUUUGACAAGGAUUUUGAUUUGUCAGUUACAAAAAACAUCUAUUUGUCACAUUUAUUAUUAUAUAACUGUAUUGAAUAUAAAAAAUAUGUUAUUAUAAAUAUAAACAUAAUGUCUGACGAUUUUGAUAUCAAAAGUUUGCCAUAUGACUUCAAGUCUGCCUCGAAACCUUCCGAAACCAUUAAUAGACUUUUAGAAAGGAAAAAAUAUGAGCAUAACAAGACAAUGGAAUGGAUGCGAAACAAGAUGGCAGAAAUUAACUUAGUCAUGGAUCAGAAGAUUAAAGACAGUGCUCAAGAAGUGAAAAAGACACUAGCUAAAAUAAAAGAGAAUGUUCAUGAGUUCAUAGCUACGGUUAAGGCAAAGACUGAGAUAAAGGACUUUCCAGAUAACUAUUUGUUUACAUCAUUGAAAGCCUUAAAGAACUUUCACGCAGAUCAACACAUUGCCGUGGAUGAAUUUUGCAAAUUUAUGCAUGACACCGAAAAAAUAAGAAUGCAACAGUUUAAAGAUGUGUUAAAAGAAGCAAAAACUAAAUGUGUUGCAAUAGCACAUGAAGUUCCUUUUGUGUUGGAUGAAAUCUUUGAACUAGAAAGUGUGGCACUAAACGAAGCUACUAUAAAGAAUUAUAAAGAUUAUGCAGAGAUUGAACAAGACUUAAAACUUCAAAUAAUAUAUGAUUUUAAAAAUUGGACAAGUGAAAUCAUGAUAAUUAAGGACCUACUUAGAGAACAUUUUAGGAUUAUGGUCAAAAAAUCAUUACCAAUCAGCGUCACCGGAGAAGUCAUCUCAAGAGAUAUGAGUAGGACAACGUCCUUUGCAACGCCUUGUGAACUUCACAGGCUAGAUUCACUUAAAUCCCAGUUUGUUUAUGCCUUUUUUGGUGAAGAUAACGUGCCAGUGGCAAGAGAUGAAGUGGAGAGGUGGCUGAAAGGCGUACAAAGAACUUUAGGAUCUCUAGACCAAACCGCUAGGAACAUUGUCUCCCUCUACAAAUCAGUGAUUCCCAUACUUUUUCACCGGUUCCUGGACGAACUCGACGAAAUCAAACAUUCAAUGUGUAUCGCAGGAAUCUGCCAUAAAAAGGAAAUCGAGGACUUUAAGUGUGAGAUUUAUACCCCGACUGUGGAACAACUGAAUAUUGAGUACACUCACCAAUUGGAGGAAUUACAAAACGUCUGGGGACAUAGCAUAGAUGAAAUGACUGACACCAUAAACGAAACCUAUGCUUUCCUAACAGCCGCAGCCUGUUUGUGGGAUCAGCAUUUUAUUCGAGUCAAAGAACUUCAAGACGUCGUUCUCAAAGAUAUAGAAGAAACUAUAAGGAAAAAUGGACACUUGACAGAUACGUACGAAGCUAGUUUGAACAUAGAAAUUGAAAAACUUAUGGAGGGAAGUAACGAGAAAGAUUUAUCCAAUGCUUUGAAUAAUAUUUAUAACAUACUAGAUAAAAUGGAGUUGUCUUACAAAACCCAAAGUAUUAACGAAAUGGAAGUCGUUAACAAAUAUAAAAAUAUGAUGAAUGUAGGCAUAGAAGUUCUAAUGGCUGAAGUUAAAAGAUUUCUUGACGUACAUCCUCCGGAUUUUGAGAUGGACCCUAAAAUACAGAGGAGACGGGCCAGUCAAAUAACUUUUUACGAAAUCGAAGAACCUAUCCUGCCAAUUCAGAUUCUAUACUGUGUAUUUCAAGUUGCUGCUGUUAAAAACUGGAUGUUUGGUUUGUGGGAAGCUAUCGACCAAUACUUCACUACUGGACGGCAGGAAAUAGAAAAACGUACUGAAGAGUGGAUAGAGAUACAAAAACAAAAAAUAAAGGAGAGAUACGACACAAAGAUAGCUUUCCAUCGCCCCAGAUAUUUGCACAUUAAGUAUUCCAUCUACGAAAAACGACUAAGAGGGUUACAAGUUCACGAAAAACACCUUACGUGCCAAAAAAAUGUGGUUGAAAAGAGUAGGAAAGAACUAAGAGCCCACAAAACUAAAUAUGACGAAGGUUGCAACCGUUGUUGUGAAGAAUACGAAGCAGAAUGCUAUAAGAUAGCAAACGAACUUGGAAAUAUGAACUCCUCUGUUGAGAUUCGUGGCUUUGUCCAAACGAUAAAAAACCGGCUGUUACCGAUGGAGAAAAAAAUAAAUGAUCUUUCCGAAGAAUACAAAGAUAUGUGCACGAGCUUUUUGAAUGAUUUAAAAACGUCGAAUUAUAAAUUUUUGAAAAGUAUAAGGUUAUUUUCCGAAGGUGGUAAUUUCAGCCUUCAAGAAGUAGCACUUACUCAAAGUCAACUGCUCAAACUAGAAGAGGGAACUAGAAAACAUAUUGAGGCGAUUAUUGCGACAACAGAAGCUUCUCGAGAAAAAUAUAUAGCUCGAAUACAGUUAUCAGAAGCAAAUAUGAUUGCUAAUGUUGAGGAAUACAUACGAGAACAUGAAUUUAAUGAACGUGUAGAACACAAGAUUCAGAAAGUCCAACAAGAACUCAAAAGAUUAAUACGAAAUUUACGAGAAAAAUUCAAAGUAACUGAAAAGGGAUUGAAAGAAGUUUAUGAAGAAGCUAAACAAAAUUUGGGGAAGAUUGAAUAUUUAGAAAGCUUUGGCUCAAAAAUGGAAACAUGUUUAACGGAGGUUUUUGGUAUUGGCGAGUAUAUAACUCACCCAGAGCCUGUUCAAAUAUUCUCAGUAGAAUUGGAGACUGCUAUCAAAGGAAGACAAAGUAAAGAUUACAUGGGCAUGCUACUAAAUAAGCAUCAAGAUUUAGCAGGAGAAGAUUUUAUUUCCAAAAGUGUAAAACUUAUACAUGAUUCGUUUUUAGAACUAGAAGAAUUUGCUAAAGAAUUUUACCAUAAACAUCCAAUUAAAUACUUGGAUCCUUCAAGACUUCAACCAACUUUAGACGAUUGCAUGCAGGAAGUACUACAAAAAUAUAAACCAUGCUUACUUCAAUGUGAGAUAAGCUGGAUAGAAAACGUUUCGUCCUUCCUGGCCAUUCUCAAGAAUAUAGAAACCUUUAGAGAAAGGUUUAUUACAUCGUUUGAGAAUGCAUUCUGUAGAAUAUGUCUAGAAAGACUACAACUAGGCAUUGACGAUGUUUAUAUUCGACUUAACGAGCAAGCUGAUCAAUUUAACAAAAAAUUAAAGGAGAUUCAUAAUAGAUUGAAAGUAAUGUUCGGACAUCCUAGAAACUACAAGAUGCUAGAAAAUUUAGAACAAGAUUACAAAUACCUACACGAAGACAACAAAACAAAAUUUGGAACAAUUACACCACCUCAUAAAGAGCAUUUAAACGAAAUAUACAGUUUACUUAUCGUGGAAUUAGAACAAAUAGACCGAUUGAUUACUGAUUUAGCAACAGAAUCAAGGAUAGAAGAUCUAAUUACAAAUUUGACAAGACAGUUCGAAACAAAAACCGAGUUGAUUUCUCCUAUAGUAUUUGCCGAAGAAGACUCUCAUCCAGUGCCACUAAGCAGAGGUACUAUGGAAAAUAUACAAAAGUACUUUACCAAAUCGUCUAGUCUACAAUUGGAAACUGUUUUCCAAAGGAUUAAUUUAGAUUCGUUUUCUUCCCUAAAGACAUACGAAACUCCUGAAAGUUUCCUGUGGGUUCUGGAAGAAAAAAUAACAUCAACAUACCAAGGAAUUGAUGAUUUCCUAGACAAUAAAAUAAUAAAAGCCAACGAAGACUUUAAGCAGACUUGGGCCGAAGAUAUUAAGUAUAUUUUGAACCUUUAUAAAUUAAAAUAUGAUAAUAAAAUAUUUUAA